UGCUGCCUCUUGUUUACAAGGCAACUAGUCUCCAUUGUGUGUAGGCUGUGAAUUAUGAGCUAAGCUCUUUAGCGGUAUUACUCCAGCCAAGUUAUUGAUACAGUCCAAUCAUCUGGGCACACAGCAGGCACCGUUUCAAUUUGGGAAGUUUAUGGUGAGCAGCUCUUCUAUAAGAAAUUCUUGCUUUAAGUAAGACUUCAUUUUAACAUUUUCCUGUCUGCCAGACCCAGGCUUCCCUUUUAAAAAUCCUAGUAGGACUGAGAAUUACAACUGAGCUAUGGCAUUUCUCAUGAAUCAAAUGUUGGGCAGUAAGUUGAAGAGUUUUACCGGAGGAGGCGGUCAAGAAAAUAGUGAUGCAGCAGCCGAAGGAAAGGAAACACCUGAGUCCAAGGGCAUGUCCAGGGAGGAGUUUGAAGAAUACCAGAGGCAGCUGGUUGAAGAAAAGAUUCAACGUGACCAAGACUUUGCCACAAAGAAAGCUGAGCGGGCUAAUCUGAGAGUGGCACUGAGGGACAAAUACCGACUUCCAGAAAGCGCUCAAGACACGGCGACCGUUGAGAUGGCUGGAGAUGACAUCGACGUGCCGGAGGAGCUCGCAAAAAUGGUGGAUGAAGACGCGGAGGAGGAAGAGACCAAUGACUCAUUCCUCCAUAACCUUCAGAACAUGGACGUGGACGCGCUGAAAACCAAGGCUCAGGCCACGGUGACGGAGAUGAAGCAGACUGCAGAGGAGAAGUGUGCUGUCAUGUGACCGCCGUUCAUUAAAAAAAUACAUCACAUGCACAACGUCCAGCCUUCAAAAUGUAGUCCACAUGAACUGCACUAUUAGGCCAUUCAACUCCAGUUGGUGCAUGUAUAUAACAACUAAUGAUUUUCAACGUGAAGAUUCACCUUCCUCUUUUUUUUGUUACUUUUAUUACAGAAAGAAAUUGCUUUUAAUACGGAGGUCUUCCUCACUUCACAGCCAAUCUCAUGUUUUUUUGCUUUACUAUCCAUGAUUAUUUGUGACCUUUUAUUUAUCUGACUCUUAUUAAAGGGUCUUGGAGGUAAUAAAAAUAAUUUUCAUUUU